GGACACAACACAACACAACACAACUAAUUGACUGCAAAUACAAAACAAUACGAAAAUUAAAUGCUUUUUUGAAAAACAGUCAAAACUUAGCGAUAAUUCAGUUAUUAUUUAAUCAUUAAUUCAUCGAUUGAUUGAAAUGGACGGCGAUUUAUACGACGAGUUCGGCAAUUAUGUCGGACCAGACAUCGAGUCCGAUGAAGACACCGAUGGCGAUGAAGACGGGGAUCACAUUGAAGACAUCCAAGAGUAUGAAGACCGCGACGAAGAGGACCAAAUGAUUACCGACGAACAAAAAGAUGAAGACAUGGAUAUGAGUGUUGUCUUACACGAAGACAAAAAGUAUUAUCCGACAGCUGAGGAGGUUUACGGUGCGGACGUGGAAACUAUUGUUCAAGAAGAAGACGCUCAGCCACUGACGGAACCGAUUGUUCAACCGGUUAGACUUAAAAAGUUUUCACAUGAAGUUCAAGAUCUACCGCAGACUACCUAUGAUUUAGAAUUUAUGGCAGACCUAAUGGAUAAUACAGAACUGAUCCGAAACGUAGCAUUUGUUGGACAUUUACACCACGGAAAGACUACUUUUGUUGAUUGUGUUGUCGAACAAACACAUCCCGAGUUAAAAUCCAAAGAAGGAAAAGCUUUUCGUUUUACAGACAUCUUAUACACAGAACAAGAACGAGGUGUGAGUAUAAAGUCAACGCCAAUAACUGUUGUAAUGCAGGACUUGAAGUCUAAGUCAUACUUAAUGAACAUAAUGGACACUCCGGGUCACGUCAACUUUUCGGAUGAGGUAACGGCAGCCAUCAGAUUAUGCGAUGGUAUUGUCCUCUUCAUUGAUGCUGCAGAAGGUGUUAUGUUAAACACUGAAAGACUCUUAAAACACGCCGUUCAGGAAGGACUGGCCAUUACUGUGUGUAUCAAUAAAAUUGACCGAUUGGUACUUGAGUUGAAACUUCCACCAAAUGAUGCUUAUUAUAAAAUAAGACAUAUCUUGGAUGAGAUAAAUAGUCUUAUUGCGACUUAUUAUGAUGACGAAGAGCCACCAAUUAUAUCACCACUUAUUGGAAAUGUAUGUUUUGCGAGCUCUCAACACAGCGUUUGUUUUACUUUGAAAUCAUUUGCUAACCUUUAUUGUCAACACUUUGGAGGAGGUUUUAACCCGAAUGAGUUUGCAAAGCGAUUGUGGGGCGAUAUGUUCUUCAAUCAAAAUACUCGGAGAUUUAGCCGAAAACCAAUCAAUAGUCAAUCGCAGCGAUCUUUUGUCGAAUUUAUUUUAGAGCCGUUGUAUAAGCUCUUUGCACAAGUUGUCGGUGAUGUUGACUCUACUCUUCCCAAUGUUUUGGAGGAAUUAGGCGUCAAAUUAUCUAAAACAGAGAUGCGAUUAAACAUUAAACCCCUUUUAAGACUUGUUUGUUCCCGAUUUUUGGGUGACUUUAAUUGUCUUAUAGAUCUUUGUGUAGAACAUAUCCCGUCUCCGAUUAAAAAUGCCAGACAUAAGAUUGAAAAUAUCUGGAAAGGAUCACUUGACUCACCAUUAAGUGAAUCAAUGAUUAAUUACGAUUCUGAAGGACCACUUAUGGUGCAUACGACUAAACAAUAUGCAACUCAAGAUGCGUCACAAUUUAAUGUUUUUGGUCUCGUAUUAAGCGGAACACUUCACGCCAAACAAGAGGUUAAGAUUUUGGGUGAAAAUUACUCGUCACUCGAUGAGGAAGACUCUCGUAUUAUGCGUGUCGGUCGACUUUGGAUAUAUGAGGCCAGGUAUCAUAUCGAAGUUAAUAGAGUUCCCGCUGGUAAUUGGGUACUUAUUGAAGGCAUAGAUCAACCAAUUACUAAGACUUCGACUAUAGUUGAUGUUAAUUAUGACGAUGAGUUGUAUAUAUUCAGACCAUUGAAGUUUAACACACAGUCAGUCAUUAAAAUAGCUGUAGAACCGGUCAACCCGUCAGAGUUACCAAAAAUGUUGGAAGGAUUGAGAAAAUGCAAUAAAUCCUAUCCUUUGCUUAAUACAAAAGUAGAGGAAAGUGGAGAACAUGUCAUAUUAGGAACGGGAGAACUCUAUUUGGAUUGUGUUAUGCAUGACUUGAGGAAAAUGUAUUCAGAAAUCGACAUCAAAGUCGCCGAUCCAGUCGUUUCUUUUUGUGAAACAGUUGUCGAAACCUCUUCUCUCAAAUGUUUCGCCGAAACACCAAAUAAAAAAAAUAAAUUAACAAUGAUUGCCGAACCACUUGAGAAAGGGUUGGCUGAAGACAUUGAGAACGAAGUGGUUCAGAUCAAUUGGAACCGUAAAAAAUUGGGCGAAUUUUUUCAGACCAAAUAUGACUGGGAUUUAUUGGCUGCCCGUUCUAUUUGGGCAUUUGGUCCCGAACAAAGUGGACCUAAUAUUUUAGUCGACGAUACACUUCCAUCAGAAGUAGACAAAAAUUUGUUGCUUACUGUUAAGGAUUCUAUUGUUCAAGGAUUUCAAUGGGCUUCACGUGAAGGACCUCUUUGUGAAGAACCAAUUCGUAAUGUAAAGUUCAAAAUUUUAGACGCCGUUGUUUCUUCAGAACCUGCGGCCAGAGGUGGCGGACAAAUAAUUCCAACGUCUAGACGAGUGGCGUAUUCGGCAUUCUUGAUGGCAACUCCUAGACUUAUGGAACCAUACAAUUUUGUCGAAGUUUUAGCUCCGGCUGAUUGUGUGUCAGCUGUUUAUACAGUUCUAGCUAAACGCAGGGGUCAUAUAACUCAAGACAUACCUGUUCCCGGUUCUCCUCUAUAUACUGUCAAAGCAUUCAUUCCAGCCAUCGAUUCAUUUGGUUUUGAGACUGAUCUUAGAACUCACACUCAGGGACAGGCAUUUUGUUUAUCAGUGUUUCAUCACUGGCAGAUUGUUCCAGGUGAUCCUCUUGACAAAUCAAUAGUGAUUCGACCUCUUGAACCACAACCAGCGCCACAUUUGGCCCGUGAAUUCAUGAUUAAAACGAGACGACGAAAAGGUUUGAGUGAAGACGUCAGUAUUAAUAAGUUCUUUGACGAUCCUAUGCUUCUUGAGUUGGCCCGACAAGACGUCACACUUUCCUAUCCUUUAUAAAUGGUUUUCAAACUAACACUUACUGUAAAACCACAUAAAUAGACAUAAUUGUUGUGAUUUUAUGACAGAUCAAAAUGUCUAUUAUAAUAAUCAUUAAUUUUAUAAAAUUAAAAUCACGAAACCAU